AAAAUUCCCAAAACCCAUAGACGCAGAAACCAGAAACCUUCGUUCUCUGUUCUCCGAAACCCUCCUCCAUGACCCGGUCAAUGGAUGCCGUAGAGCCGCCGCCGCCGGCGUCCGAUCUCUUAUUCGACGAUUUCUCCGCCGCGUUCGACAACCUCCCCUUCCCUUCCAUGGACUCGCUGUUCAACACCGACGCGCUUCCCUCCGCCUCCGAUCUGGAAUUCGGCAUGGAUUUCGACGGCAACGGAGAAUUCGAAAUCACCUUCGAAGACCUCGACAACAUCUGCAUCCCCUCCGACGCCGACGAUUUCCUUCUCCCCGACGCGUGUAACCCUAGCAACGACUCGAUCCACGAUUCUUCAUCAAAGAAUCCCGAUUGCCAAGUCAUCAAUUCCGAUUCGCCGCAUUCAGUCGCGUCUGCGGUUUCCGGAGAUCGGAGCCCCGACGUGUCUAGGUUUUUCAAUUCGCAAGCGUCGGACUCGGUUUCAGAGGAUGAUUCGUGCAAGCAGGGUUCGCACGACGCGGUUGAUGUCAAGGCUUCGUCGCCGGAGACAGAAUUUUGCGACCGGGAAGAGUCUUCUAACGAACCGGUUUCGUCUCAUGGUUCGGGCAACGGUGGAUCGGGUGUAUAUGAAGCCAUGAACUCGCCCUCACCGGAUUAUGGCUCUUACGAGAGGGACAUAACGUCGUCUCGGGCACAUGCAGUUAUGGAAAAUGGUGUAAAAUUGGAGGAAAUCGGUGAUCUGAAGAGAAAGAAAGAGGGUUCUGAAGGAAGUGCUGAGAAGAGAACCUCCAAGUAUAGAAGGUUCUCUUCCUCGGUGGAGAACAAGACUGAGAAAGAGUCUCUUUCUGAUGUGAAUGCAAUUGAUGAUGACGAUGAGAAAAGGAAGGCGAGGUUGAUGAGGAAUAGGGAAAGUGCACAGCUUUCUAGGCAGAGGAAGAAGCAUUACGUGGAGGAGCUUGAGGAGAAGGUGAGAUCGAUGAAUUCCAUCAUUGCUGAUUUGAGUAGUAAGAUUUCAUACAUGGUGGCUGAGAAUGCUACUCUUAGACAGCAAGUGGGGGCUGGUGUGAUGUGUCCUCCACCUGCUGCAGGGAUGUACCCUCAUCAUCCUCCAAUGGCACCCAUGCCUUAUCCUUGGAUGCCAUGUGCUCCCUAUGUUGUCAAGCCUCAAGGGUCUCAGGUUCCCUUGGUCCCCAUUCCUAGGUUGAAGCCUCAGCAACCUGCUUCUGCCCCCAAGGGUAAAAAGUCUGAGAGUAAGAAGGCUGAGGUGAAAACUAAGAAGGUUGCUAGUAUUAGUUUGUUGGGUUUGUUUUUCUUUAUCAUGCUUUUUGGUGGGCUUGUUCCUCUGGUGGAUUUUAAGUUUGGAGGUUUAGUGGACAAUGUUCCUGGUACUGGUAUGUCUAGCUAUGUUAGUGAUAGGGUGUAUGGUCAUGGUGGAGGGAAGGUUUGGCCUUUGAGUAAUGGUCAUAGGAAUGGGUCUGAAAGAGAUGAAGAAGUAGGGUUUUCUAAUGGGAGGUUUAGUGUUUCUGAUCGAGUGAAUAAUGAGAGAGGCCGGCGUUUAGGAGAAGAAAAGGGUGAUCGGCAAGGCCCGGAUGAUUCUGGUCGUCAGGGCAAUGCCAGUGAGCCUCUGGUUGCUUCUUUGUAUGUUCCUAGGAAUGAUAAGAUGGUGAAGAUUGAUGGAAACUUGAUUAUCCAUUCUAUUAUGGCCAGUGAGAAAGCCAUGGCAUCUCAAACUGCUGAGGCGAAGAAGGACAAGAGAGAAACUGGUUUGGCCAUUCAUAAUGACUGGGAUUCUGCGUUGGCUAUUCCUGAAGUUGGAAGAAACAGAGGUCAACAUCCAAACGUGUAUAGGGUUCCUGCCGAACAGAGGAAGGCUCUUGGCUCUGGUUCAACCAAAGCUUUGAAGGACCAUAUGAAGUCUUCUGCAACUGAUGGUAAAAUGCAACAGUGGUUCCGUGAAGGCCUUGCAGGGCCAAUGUUAAGUUCUGGCAUGUGCACUGAAGUUUUCCAGUUUGAUGUUUCUCCAAGUCCUGGAGCUAUAGUUCCUGCAACAUCAGUAGCCAAUGUUUCUAACGGAAAACGUCAGAAUGCUACAACUGUCAAAAAGACCGGGAAUAGAAGAACCCUUCAUGGGCUCCCGGAUACGCUUACUGGAUCUAGUCUGAACAUAACUGAAGAACAUGUAAAGAACUUGCAGAAAAACCACCUGGGUAAUAAAUCCUCUAUGGUGGUUUCAGUCCUUGUUGAUCCCAAAGAGGCCGGUGAUGGUGAUGUUGAUGGCAUGAUGAGACCAAAGUCACUCUCUCGGAUUUUUGUGGUUGUGCUAAUUGAUAGUGUCAAGUAUGUAACUUACUCGUGUGGUCUGCCUCGUGCUUCUCCCCAUUUGGUGACGGCCGGUAAAAUGUUUUGAUCCAGCUGAAACCAUCUAACCUGAAAUCUAGUAUCUGUAACGAAGUGUGUGGGGACUGGGAUUCAAAGAUACUCACCUCCAGUUUUGUACAUAAUAACAUAUUUAAAGUAGCAGAGGCUUAAAAAUAUACUUGAGAGUUUAGAAGCUGGACUUGAAUGGGGUUGACCAACUGUCUUGUACUCAGUUAAGAGACCUCUCUUAUAAACUUAAUAAUAUAUUCCGACCCUAGAAUUUAUAAGCGGAUCC